AUGGGUUGCUGUGGCUGUGGAGGCUGUGGUGGCUGCGGGGGCUGCGGCUGUGGCAGCUGUGGUGGCUGUGGAGGCUGUGGCUGUGGAGGCUGUGGUGGCUGUGGCUGUGGCAGCUGUGGCUGUGGCAGCUGUGGCUGUGGCAGCUGCUGUGGCUGCUGCGGCUGCUGCUGCCCCACGGUCUGCUGCUGCCGCCACACCUGCUGCCGCUCCUGCGGCUGUGGUAAAGGCUGCGGCUGCGGGAAGGGCUGCUGCCAGCAGAAGUGCUGCUGCCAGAAGCAAUGCUGCUGCUAG